GUUCAGCAGAUAUUAUUCAUGACAGUUUAGCUCGGGAAACAUAUUUAUCGUAAAUCUGAAGAUAAGCUGCACUGCUACAGCAGCCUUUACCGAGCGCAAACUGUUUUAUUUGACUGAGACAGACUUUACCCCGAAGCAUUUGGAUAGGAAUUACGCGAUCAUUUUAACGCAGGUGGGGCUGUUGUAAUUCCAACAAGCUUGACGCUGACCAGUAUUUUCCAACAGGACCAAACAUAUAGUGAGACACAGAUGUUGAAAAGCAAGAUGUUUGAAGAGGGAUCUCAUGAACAAAGUUCUGUAGUCCUGCCAGCUAUGGACCCCACUAUAGCCACAGGCGCACUGGGACUGGACGUUGAGUCCUCAGGCAGUGCCAUGUCCUUCACGGAAGAGGCGGCCUCCAUCCUGACAUCGAGCAACCUGCUGGCGCGCUCGUUGCUGGGCCAUCCAUCAACGCUGAAGCACAAGGAGGUGGCCUUGAGUGCCAGUACGCUGCGGCGCAAGCGUGAGUUCAUUCCCCAGGAGAAAAAGGACGAGGGCUACUGGGACAAGCGCAAGAAGAACAACGAGGCAGCGAAACGUUCGCGUGAGAAGCGCCGUGUUAAUGACAUGGUGCUGGAGAACCGCAUGCUGAACCUGCUGGAGGAGAACGCCCGGCUGCGGGCUGAGCUGCUGGCGCUCAAGUUCCGCUUUGGCCUGGUCAAGGACCCAUCGAACACGCCCAUCCUGCCACUAGCAGCGGCCACAAGCUCGCAUUACUACCUGCCGCGUGAUGACGGUCUUCGCACCGUUGGCCCUAUGCCACAGCACCUGAGCUCUGCCCAGGCUAUGCCCCAUGCAGGGCAGGGAAUCAGGGAUGCCGGCAGCACGUCAGAGGACUCGGGCUUCUCCACACCAGGAAGCUCCAGUGUGGGAAGCCCUGUGUUCUUUGAGGAUCGGCUGAGUGAACAUGGCAAGCUGUCUCCGAGUCAGGCUGACGAGCUGGUUUAUGAGGGACACCCCUCUCCAGGGCCUGAUGCCCUCGGGCCACUAGGAUUGGUGGGGCCCAUCUCUGUGGCACACAGCCGAGGGGAGUCUGUGGAAGGCGUGAGGAGCCUCCCGCACAAGCUGCGCUUCAAGUGUCCAGGCAGCAGUGAUGCAGAGAACCCCAGUGGCAGGCGGAGCCCAGGGCAGCCCCUGGGAGUACGGGAGGGCCCCCGGAACCAUGUAUCCUUAGGCACAGGCGAAGGGGCUAGACACUGGAUGCAGCAGGAAGGAGACGAUGCACGAAGGAUGCCUGUGCAUCAUCAUUGCAACCUGGCUGGCAGUUAUGGUGGAGGUCAGCUGCUCGUGACCCCCAGUGACGCAAGCUACCACACAGAGAACAGCAUUCUCAAAUCCCAGCUCAGCUCACUCAGUGAGGAGGUGGCCCAGCUCAAGAAGCUCUUCUCUGAGCAGCUCUCCAAAAUAAACUGAAAUGUACCUAAGAAAGUUUUGGAGAGCUCAGAACUCCAGGUCAUGCUCAACAAGGGAAGCUCAGUCUGAUCAGAGCCAAACCUGUCCAAGCAGUUGCAGUACUGGGAGCACAGUGACUGAAGGAACAGCCAAAAUCUUUUAAUUCUGCACCAAAAGGCAUGUUUGAAGUUCAGUUUUGUGUAAAAGGACACCUCUGCAGCUCCAGUGGUAAUCCAGCAAAUACAUGUGUGCUACCGCGGCUCUGUCACUCUGCUUUCAUAGUCACUCUGUUUUUCUAGCUCCAUACCAGGCAGAGAGGGAGUGGAGGUGGGAUUAGGAGGAGGCACAGGAUGGAUGCCACUACCUCUGCAUACUGGACUUGAAAAUCAGACCAGCCCAGCAACGUAGACCAGGCUCAAUGGCUCCAAAGCCUGUCAAACAGUGAGCUAAAUGCUGCUGUAAUAGCACAUGCACUGCAGUCCUUCACCCCAGGAUGGUUGUGCUUCCUUUACCACAAGCCCCAGUAAAGACAGGUAACAUAAAAGGUUUAUCAAAGACCAUGUGGCCAUACAGCCUGCCUGGCUAGGGAGGCAGACACUGUGACUGAACCCAGAAGUUGCUCUUAGUCUGUCACUGAAGCCAGAGGUUUCAUUAGGACAGGAGGGCACUACUUCUGGCCAUUAUGCAUCCAAACCAACCGAAUUUUAAAAUCUAUUUUCAACACACUAUUCCUCUGCUGCAUGCCAUCUCUACCAGUAAAUAACAAGAUUUAUGGGUCAGAUAGUGCUUAGGUGGUGAUGAUGAUUGUGUUUACAUGUAAAUGUUCCGCUGCUGCCUGACAACGUAGCUAGACACCUGCUGUGCGGAUUUGACUGAGAGAAACAGCAUUGUGCUGUACGCUAAAUGGCCAAUUUAAAAAAAUGUCUCCUUCAAGCUCACAAAUAACAGGCCGAGCAAAAACCAGAGAGUUUUAUUAUAUGUGUUUACAUCAUUUGAUGUGUAUGGCAAGACUCAACAAAUUAAUUGUGGUUGGAAUGUAUGUGUUUGCACAACUUCACAAUACCAUAGCUCGACACAUCAUCACUGAAAUAAUGAGCUUGUUUUUCUCCAUAGCAGCCUGUUAUUGCCAUGUGAGAUAAAGACGCAGCAUACAAGAAAAACACUGUAAUUUGUAUUUUUGUGGUAAAACUUGUGAUGCCUUGUAUAUGUCUCAGUUUGUAUAUUGUGUGUACACAUUUUUAUAUAUGUGAAUAAAUAUUUGACAACAUA